GCCGGCGCGCGGGGCGUGCGGCGUCCGCCCCUGCGCAGCGGCCGCGGCCAUGAGGCGGAGUGUGCGGAGCCGCCACCCGGCCCUUUGUUCCGUAGGGCCCCCCGCUGUCACCGCCUGGCCUCACCGCCCGCCGCUUUCUCCCCGCCGCUUGUGAUGGCAGCAGCAGCAGCAGCAGCGGCGGCUUGAACCCGCCCGAAGGGAGGAGCAGCCGCUGCCCAGGAUGCGAUGGGGAACUGCUGGGCGCAGUGGUGCUGCGGUCUCUUCUUCCGGAGUGAAGCCGGCCGGCUCCAGCGGGGCGGAGGAUCAAAGUAUUUUAGAACAUGUUCAACAGGAGAACAUUACACUAUAGAGUUUGAGAACCUGGUGGAAAGUGAUGAGGGAGAAAGCCCAGGAAGCAGUCACAGACCUCUGACUGAGGAAGAAAUUGCUGACUUGAAAGAAAGACAUUAUGACUCCAUUGCUGAAAAGCAGAGAGUUGUUGAUCUGAAACUUCAGUCAGAGUUAGCCUUACAAGAGGAGAAGUUAAGAAUAGAAGAGGAGGCUUUAUAUGCUGCACAACGUGAAGCAGCCAGGGCAGCAAAGCAGAAAAAGCUCUUGGAGCAACGUAGACAGCAAAGGAUAACCCAGAGAGCACAUGCUGUUAAUAAUGGAGAAUAUCAGAGCUCUGUGGCAGAGGAGGACCUUGAUUCUUUCCUAAGAAAUGCAAAAUUCCAGUAUGAAGCUUUUCGAAGUAGUAGACUUUCAUCUGAUGCUACAGUCCUGACACCCAACACAGAGAGCAGUUGUGAUUUAAUGACCAAAACGAAAUCAACCAGUGGAAACGAUGACAGCACUUCAUUAGAUCUGGAGUGGGAAGAUGAAGAAGGCAUGAACAGGAUGAUUCCCAUGAGGGAGCGCUCCAAAACAGAGGAGGACAUACUCCGGGCAGCACUGAAAUUCAAUAGCAGGAAGACUGGAAGCAAUGCAGCUUCAGCUUCGGAUGACUCCAACGGGCUGGAGUGGGAGAACGACUUUGUCAGCGCCGAGAUGGACGAUAACGGCAACUCCGAGUACGCCGGGUUCGUCAAUCCCGUGUUGGAUCUGUCUGCUUCUGAGGGCAGGAGAUCUGACUCUGGCCACCAGGACAGAUAGUGAGGCCCUUGCCUGUGACCAAAUGGUGAAAAGUGAAGUAGAAUGUACAAAGUUGAUUUGCUCUUUUAUAAGCUGGUUCCUUUUUUUCUUAGGAAUUGAUCAGCAGGGAAUGGGAAUGACUUGCUCUCUGAAUUUCAUUCAGAAUUAAGUGCAAUUUUAUCAUCUACCUUCUAAACUUUUAUGAAAACUGGGAUGGUUUUAUUGUGUAUAUGUCUGGAUUUAAUGUAAAAUGAUCUGCACUAAUUUAAGCUUCUUAGCUUGAUAUGCCUAUAUUUUAACAAGCCUUUUUUGGGAUGUUUUUACUGAUUUUUUUUGGUUUCAAGAUGCAUCAUUGGUCUAAUGUUUAUCUCAAUCUUACAUCAUUCAUCAAAUACUUGAAUAUAAGAAAAAAUAAUUUAAAGAAUUUUAUUUCCAUUAUAUGCUUUAACUGGUUCUUUAGAGGGUGUGGUGCUUAGCCAGCUGCAAAACAAAUCUCACUCUUGGUAAGCUGCAGUUUUUCCCUGCCUAGCUUAACGUCUUCCUAGCCUUGUGUUGUCUUCUUCCCAUUUCAUUUUUUUUCCCUACUUGAUGCUAAGCACAGCUAACUUCAAUAAACAGAAUAGAAAUCCUCAAGUUAGGUAAAAUAUUGUCUUGUAUGAUAUGCCAGACUUAGUGUGUGCUAGAUAGAAAAACAACUAUAGAAAUCCUUUGUGUCAAACUGGACGUUUUAACCAGUAGCUAGUAGAGAAGUGAGAGGACCAAAGUCUUCAUUCCCAUGCUCCUCUGAACAGACCAACAUCUGUUAAUUACACACUCCUUAAAACUCUUUAGUUGAGAAAAACUUGCAAUAACUCUGCUCAACUGCAACAAUUUGACAAGCAACAUUCUCUGAACAAAGUGGGGGAGAGGGCUGAUUGCUCUUCUGCUCAGGUGGGCAAAAAAACCCCCAACAACCUAAAAUCUCCUGUAAAUCUGCAUUUUAAAGGGAAAAAACAAAGUUCAGGUUACAAACCAGCAUGUUUAAGUGCUCAAGCUUUUAUUUUUUGGUGCCUCUACACUGGAUGGUUCAUCCUGCUAACAUGGAGUGAAAUUCCAGGAGGUAUUCACUCGCUGCAAAUCUGGUGUUGUGUCUCCUGUGAUGCCCCCCUGGGUUUUGAUGCAGAUUGUACUUCUCAGGAGAUCACUGAAGAGAAUGGCUGUCCCCUAACUUUCAGUAAAGUUAUUCUAACCUACUGUUAUUUUGUGUAGCUGUCUUGUUUUUCCCUGAAACAAGAAGAAUGGGGGUGUAACUUUCAUUGUGGAGUAGAAACAACAGAGUGUGAAGGAAUAAAUCUGCAUCAUCACAAGAACUGAUUUAAUUGGUGGAAGCUGUGUCAGUUUUAGAUCAUCUGAGCCUACAUAGAUGAGGGUCACUACAGUGUGGUCCUCAAAAAUACCACACACUGGGGUUAAACAUGUACAAAUACCAACAGUAAUGGAUAGCUAAAUCUUGUUGAUAACAUUCCAUUUCCUGAUUUAAAAUUGUAGCUGUGUCACAGAAAAUAUUUUACUGUAACUAUGUUUGCAAUGCCUGUAAGAAGCUUUAAAACUUUGUACACAUCAAAUGUAUAUUUUGGGUUUGGCAUAAGCUGUGUAAUUUCUCUUGAAUGUUUAUUUGUAUAAUAUUCUUAUGGAAAUGAAGGCAACUUUCUCAACGUGUAAAUAACAUCUUUUUUUUACCUGCUGAAACUAAAGUACCCUGCAGUGGUCACUACUUUUUCCUGACCAGUGAAGAAGAGGUUGACUUUGUCCUGACCAUGCUUUGAGGAACUAAACUAGCUGAUAUUCCUGUGUGUAGAAUGAACAAGCACUUAGGAAAAAGGAAGGCUUUUAUCAUGAUGGGCAUGUUCUGUAGCCAGGGUUAACAGCAUUUUCUGCUUUUUUGAGUGCACCACACUGAAGGACUCAAGGAAUUUAGGGUAUUUGUGGAAACUUAAGGACUAGAAAGAUUAUGUAAACAGCCCCUGUAAAAUGUGUACCUGUACAAAUUGAAAAGGCAUUAAAAUUUUCUGUCAGACUUAA